AUGAAGUAUAAAAAGAUUGAUGCUGUCUCUCAAACCGAUCGUCGAGUCACAAGAUCAAUGAUCAAGAAAGAAGAACAAUGUCCAACUUCAAGCACACCCGAUGAGACGAAAACAAUUAUCAAAUCCCUAAAGCAAAAGAAAAAUACUCGGAAGUCUUCAGACCUCGUGCUCUCAGCAGCCCGCAUCCCUACGAUCCAUGCACCAAGAUUCGGCCUCAUUCAAGAAACGCUGUCUACAAAUCUCUACGCCCUUCUUGUUGCCACAGUUCUCUGGAACCGCACUCGUGGUACUCAAGCACGACCCAUCUUUGAUAAACUCAUCUCCAAGUAUCCAACGCCUACUCAUCUCGCGGCAGCUUCCUUCGUGGAUCUUGCAGAACUUAUCCGUCCCAUAGGGUUGUACAAUUCGAGAGCUGCACGGUUUAUCGCAUUUGCCAAAGCGUGGAUUGAGAACCCACCAUGCAAGGAAAAGCGGUAUAGGAAGUUGCAUUAUCCAAUGAAAGGAGAUGGGAGCGAUGUUGGCAAGGAUGAGGUCUUGGAUGAAGAUGACGAAAGACAGGGCUGGGAAGUGGCUCAUCUUCCCUCACUUGGACCUUAUGCAAUCGAUAGUUAUCGAAUUUUCCAUCGCGAUAUGCUGAGAGGUCUAGCAAAAGAUUGGAAUGGGGACGAAGCGAAAUCGGGUUUCGAACCAGAGUGGAAAAGAGUAGUGCCACUGGAUAAGGAACUGAGGGCAUUUCUCCGCUGGAUGUGGCUGAAGGAAUCAUGUAUAUGGGACCCAGAGACGGGAAAUAAAGUGAAGGCUUCGGCUGAGAGGAUGAAAUCUGAGAGGCUGCGUACUAGGAGUUUAUCGCCAGAGGGUUUUCGAGUUGUUCGACGUUAG